GUUCAGCCUAACUUCCGGGAUCCGGUAUGAAUGUGACAGGUGUAAACACGGACUGAAAACGUCCCAAAUCAUCGCGCACUGAUGAAUUUAUAUGUAAAAGGUUUAAGAAAUAUUCAAGAUUGAAAAAGGACACAGUAAUCAUACAUAAAUUACCUGCAUAUAAGCCGAGAUCACCAUUUAAGAAGCAAUGGAUUCAACAGAGUCAACCAAAGGAAAGGAGAGUGUUCAGAAAAGAUCUCCUCUGGAUAUGAUUAUGAACCAGCUCCGAAGGAAAGCCUCUUUCACAGAGAGAAAGAAACCGGCUGUGGGCCGCCUCUUCCGCCCAUCAGAGAGUGACAAGAGAAACUCAGGCAUACCUGAAGUGAAAGAAUCCAGUGAGGGAAAGGAAAAUAAUGAGCCUGGCAAAGAGAUCAAUGACACAGAUGAUGAGGUUGGCUCUCUUGUGGGCUGGGGUCGGGUGAAGCAGUUCGUUCAGAAGCUUGGGAAAACCCCUCACAGUCAGAAUCUGAGCCUGAGCCACUGUGAUCUGACGGCUACAGAUGUGGUGGAACUUGCAACGUUACUGCCAUUUCUGGCUCAGCUGGAGGUGAUGGACCUGUCCUGGAAUGAUCUGGUUGGAGGCUCCCUGAAGGCACUUACUGCCCAUCUGCAGCAUGUAGGAAAACUGAGAGUGCUGAAGCUGUGUAGCUGCAGAUUAACAGAUCAAGACCUUAUUGCUCUUGGUGAAGCUCUUGACUGCAUUCCUCUAAUAGAGGUGCUAGAUUUGUCCUGGAAUGUUGGCUUUGGCGCAGGAAAGUUCAGACACUUAACAGAACACUUCCAACCUCAAAGCACACUGAAGGAACUCCGCCUGGUGGACUGUCAGCUCUCUGAGGCAGACAUUACAGCUCUGAGUGAGGCUCUUCCCAUGUUGUCUAGUUUGGAGGAGUUAGAUCUGUCCAAUAAUAAACUGUCCAUCAAGGGAAUGGAGAACUUCACCUCCUCUCUAAGCUCAACUCCACGACUGAAGACCCUAAAACUGAGCAUGUGUGGACUCAGUAAAGACAGCCUCAGUGUUCUGGGACAGGCACUCAGGUUCAUCCCUGCGCUAGAGCACAUCGAUCUGUCGUGUAAUAAGGAAGCAGGUGGAGGUCUAACCACACUGGCCACUAUCCUAGUUCUCCUCCCACACUUGAGAAGUUUGGACAUGCAUCUGUGCUGUCUAACAAAGGAAGAUGUGUUGGCUUUAGUCCAGGUAGCUUCAUCUCUCAAAGACCUCCAAGAGCUGGAUUUGUCGUUUAAUAAAAGUGUUGGAGAGACACUCCCGGAUCUUCUGCAAACCCUCCCUCUUUCUCAGAUAACCAAACUUCCACUGAACAACUGUUCUUUGAACACACCUGCAUGCAAUGCUCUUGCUACCGCAAUGCAGAUGCUAAAACAGCUUGAAAGUCUGAACUUGUCAUGGAACAAGUGUGUGGGAGAAAAUCUGAGACAAUUUCUGGAGCCUUUGCAGCCUGAUUGCAAACUACAGGAACUCAGACUGAGUAGCUGCAGUUUAACCACUGAAGAUGUGCUACAUCUUGAAUCUGCUUGUCAGCGUGGAGCUCUGUGCCAUCUGAAGCAGCUGGAUUUGUCUUAUAAUGGUAGCGUUGGGGAUGGUGGUUGGAUGUCUCUUUUUGAGAAAGCUGCUGCUCUAAAGGGACUGGAGGAGCUGGAUGUCAGUCUGCGACCUUCUGCUCCCCUCUCUGUGUCUCCCUGGCUGCCCGCCUUGUUGGAGGCACUUCCGCAGCUCUCGUCCCUCAAGCGUCUGUCUCUGCAGCACUGGUCUCUGAGUUUAGCUGAGAGAGAGAAGCUGGAAAAAAUUCUUAGCAAGAAGAAUGUCCUCCUGGAAUGUGACAGGCUGGACACGCCAACGCCAAAGGCUGCAAGUUAAUAAGAAGCGUUUCAACGGCUUUGAUAAUUGUGGCUUUCCAAGUUACUGAAGUGGCAAAUUAAGAUGUUACUGAGAAUGUGAUGACUGAAAGGCAUUCAACCAUUACGUAACUUUCCUAUGAACAAUAAAUUUAAACAUGUAUUUUUAAAUGUUUAUAUCACACAAACGAUCGUAUAAAAAGGGGAUUUUUUUUUUAUCAUCAAUUUAAAGCAUGGAAAGUUUAAAUAUAACUCGUCAGUAUAGGGUUAGAGUAGGGUUACCAUACAUCCUCUUUCCCGAGAUUUCUAAAAUGUUCUGGUUUUAUCAUAAACUUAUUAUUUACUUAGAUCUGCGUGAUGAUUCAUAAAUGUUCAUUUUUUUAUUGAAUAUCCCUUUAGUUCUGUUAUUAAUUAUACUCACCCUCAAGUUGUUCCAAACCUGUAGGACCAUCAUUUAUCUUUGGAACACAAAUUAAGAUAUUUUUGAUGGACUCUGAGAGCUCUCUGACCCUCCACAAACAGAAAAGAUAUUACCACGAUCAAUGCACAGAAACAUAGCAAAAACAUAAGUAAAAUAGUCCAUGUGACAAGGGUUCAACUGUAAUUUUAUGAAGCUACGAGAAUAGUAAUAUCUUAAUUUGUGUUCCGUAGAUAAACAAAGGUCUCACGGGAUUGGAACAACAUGAGGGUGAAUAAUUAAUGGCAGAAUUUUUAUUUUUGGGUGAACUAUCCAUUUAAGUAUUGAUGAUUCGCACUACAGUAGAGAUUAUGAGUAUUUAGGUUUACACUUUUAUUUGCUUCCCUUCUCAUUUACAUUAAACAAAAAUAUAGUUUUAGACUGAAACUUCUAAAUCAAAAUCUCUCUGACUUUUAUCUGUCCUGCCAAAACUGUUGAAAAAUUUGCAUGUGACACCCAAUACAGCGAAGACUAAGUGUCAGAGCAAAUCAUUUACAUAAAUGACGUGUUUUUCGCAGACAUCAUGGCAGCCUGUGACAUUUCCAAACACUGGACACAUGGACAAAAAGACUGUAAUCAAAAACACUAACUUUGUGAUUAAUAAUAAUAAAUACAAAUGUAACCAA